AUGGUUUUCCUAGCGGUGGGGGCUGCCAGCAACAGUAAUAUUACUACGGAUCAAUCAGCGCUUCUUGCGCUUAGAGAUCGCAUGAUCGCUUCAUCAGAACCUCAAGAAAUCUUGGCAAAAAACUGGUCAGUCACCUCCUCCGUCUGUGAUUGGAUGGGUGUCACCUGCGGCCCUCGACACCGUCGGGUGACUGCCUUAAAUAUCUCAAACAUGAAACUUACUGGCGACUUACCUCCUCAACUUGGGAAUCUAUCUUUUCUAGUUUCCCUUGACCUCAGCAGCAACAAUUUCCAUGGAGAACUGCCUCGUGAGUUAGCUCACCUGCGGAGAUUAAGAUACCUCUAUCUUGGGAUCAACAAUCUUGGUGGAGAGCUUCCCUCCUGGUUUGGUUAUUUACACAAACUCCAACAGCUGACUCUAAGCAAUAAUAGCUUUUCGGGUUCUCUCCCGCCUUCCAUCUCUAACAUGUCAAAAUUGGAGAGUCUAUGGCUGACAGACAAUUCCAUUGAGGGGACCAUUCCAAUAGAAUUUCAGAAUCUUCAUAGUUUGAAAAUUUUGAUUAUUGAUAGGAAUCAGCUUUCGGGUCCUUUGCCUCUCCACACUUUCAAUAUUUCCUCAUUGCAAAUCAUUUCUCUAUUCCAAAACAGUCUAUCUGGCAUUCUUCCAGACACCAUCUGUCACGCCCUUCAUAAACUUACAUAUCUUGGUCUAGGAGGCAAUAAUUUGAUUGGCCAAAUACCUUCAACAUUGUCUGAGUGUUCCAUGCUCCAGACGCUUGCCUUGCCUCUGAACUAUUUAAGGGGACCCAUACCUAAGGCCAUUGGGAACUUGACAAUGCUCGAGACACUAGCCCUGGAGUCCAACAAUUUACGAGGUGCAACUCCAAAUGAGAUAUGGAAUCUAACUAUGUUGACGGGUUUAGAUUUUAGCAACAACAAAUUAACUGCAAUUUUCAAUAUUUCAUCUCUCCAAUAUAUUGCACUCGACCAGAACAAAUUCUCAGGAACAAUUCCUUUGACAACGGGCAAUAAGCUGAGCAAUCUGAAGUUUCUUUCUCUCGAACAGAAUCACUUGACUGGAAUUAUACCUACCUCCAUCUCAAAUGCUUCAAAGCUCGUUGCUUUGUCGCUUCAUGAUAAUGAGCUCACAGGUUCAAUCCCCAACUCUUUAGGAAGUCUAGGAAAGCUAGAAUUGCUAAACUUGGAUUUCAACAGGUUGUCAGGUGAAUCCUCAUCUCCAGAAUUAAGCUUUCUCACUUUCUUGACGGGUUGCAGAUCCUUGAAAUAUUUAGUAGUGGGAUACAAUCCUCUGAACGGUUUCCUUCCAGCUUCCUUCUCUAACCAUUCAACCUCUCUUGUGUAUUUUACUGUAAGCAAUUGUAAAAUCGAAGGAAACAUCCCCACUGGAAUCGGCAAUUUGAGCAGUUUACUGCAUCUAGAUUUUUCAGGUAAUGAAUUGGUUGGAUCUAUCCCCAAAAGUUUCAAUAGAUUGAAAAAUCUUCAGGUGUUCUACUUGGGCAUCAAUCAAAUAAGGGAUGUCUUGAAUAUUUUCUGUGAACUACAUAGCUUGGGGUUGUUACAGUUGAGCCAAAAUCAAUUUUUUGGUGGAAUUCCAGAAUGCUUAGGAAAUAUGUCAAAUUUGACUCAGAUUUUUUUGGACUCCAACAACUUGACUUCUAUGAUACCUGCCAACCUAUUGAGCAUGAAAAAUCUCCAAGUUCUCAACCUUUCAUCAAAUUUCUUGAGUGGUUCGCUACCUCUAGAGAUCGGGAACCUCAGAGCGGCAUACAAUUUGGAUUUCUCAAUUAAUCAAUUGUCAAACAUUAUUCCUACUACUAUUGGAGAGCUGCAAGCUUUACAGAAUCUUUCAUUGGCAAAAAAUAAUCUGCAGGGCUCUAUACCAAAAUCAGUUAGCAAUAUGGUAAGCUUGGAAUUCUUGGACCUUUCCCACAAUAAUCUCUCAGGUGUGAUACCCAAGUCAUGUUAG